AAAUUGAAUGCAAAAUAAAGAGAUAUGUUUUGUUGAUUUGGAGUUAUGUUUUUUUCAGAAGUUUUCAGAUAGCUCAAGCUCUACAAAUGCAAAUGGAGGUGCAAAGGAAACUCCACGAACAAAUCGAGGUGCAAAGGCAUUUGCAGAUAAAAAUUGAAGCUCAAGGAAAGUAUUUGCAGUCAGUAUUGAAAAAAGCACAAGAGACUCUUGCUGGAUAUAGUUCUUGCUCUAUCGAAGUAGAAAAUGCACGGGCAGAACUUUCUCAGUUAGUAUCAAUGGUCGACACGAACUGGUGUCUAAGUUCUUCGUUGUCCAUUUUGACAGAGAGUGACGGCUCAAUCUUAAAAGAUGGAAAGAACAAACUUUUAGGACACAAUGGGUGUUCAGUCGAGAGUUCUUUAACAUCGUCUGAGAGUUCGGGGAGAAAAGAAGAAACUCGACCAUUUAUGGGAUUAAACGAGCCUCGAGAACUUGGAACACCAAAAAGAAGCAGAGAAUAUGAAGUUGAAGGCAAGAAUGAAAAAGUGAGAAAAUUGGGAUUAUUAGGGGACCUGGAUUUGAACAAAAAAUUCAUGAGUGAUUUUGAUUCAACUCCAAAACAGAUAGACUUGAACUGCAAGGCAGUUGAUGAGACCAAUGGGGAUUUUAGUGCCCAGAAACAUCCUUGACAGGUGUUUGGAGCCAAAGGUUGUUAUAAUUAGUACUAUAAUGUCAAUGGAAACUAAAAUAUAUGUGUAUAAUGAUGAACCUCAAUGACUUUUCUGAAAAAUAUUUGUAUAAAGAUGCAGCAUAUUAUGUUCAUAUUAUUGA